AUGGUAGCCGACACACCCAACACGUUGGUCACGAUCCCAAAGGAGAUUCGCGAUCUCAUAUUGGCAAACCUCCUUCCAAAAAGCGCAGUCCAAAUCGAGUUGAAGACGGUGCGGGUACGACGCCAUCCAGCUCAGCAUAAGCCAGGGAACGCUUCGCAGAAUAAAGCCGAUUGUUCAGAGUACCGUACCUACCUACGCAUCGAUGCCGACGAAUCGAAAUGGCUCAACACCAAUUCUGAGCUCGCUGCCUUCAAUGCUGCACUGUCCGUUGUACACGUUUGCAAGCAACUUCGCAUCGACUUGUGGCGACAACUUUGGGAAUCGGUCACAGUGGUCAACGUGGACGCCGAGAAGGCUCUUCUAUUGCGAAACAUGUUCGAACCACAAUCAUGUCCUGUGAAGAGACUUCUCAUUACGGACAGAAGUCUUAUCGCGGAUAUUGAACGUCCGACAACCUUUCGCAAAGCGCUUGUCAAGAUCACCAAUACCAUGAAAGACCUCGAAGUUGUUACCGUACACUAUAGCCCUCAUUCUCGUCUUACAGACAGUGGAAUGGGGAGGCUGGCCACUGAUUUUGAUUCAUCAAAUCUGACGCACAUCUAUGUCGUCCCCUCGCCUCGUAGUCCGCGACAUUUCAGGCGUGUGCAGCUCACCAUUGAUGGGGUGGCUGCCCCAGAUGAUAUGCAGAAGUACGAGCCCUCGUCAGAAGACGUAGCAGAGCUAUGA